CUGUUGGCUGCUGGAGGCAGGAAGUGAUGCAGGAAAAUGUCUCUAAUGUUGCUGCGCUCAAUGACUAGAAGGGGAAGCACAAAGAAAUAAGCAGCGUUACUCCGAGUUUCUCUUUUCUCACACUGAACUCGACUCCAAAUGGACUCGAAGACAAACUCCGACUCUCGGCGUUUUCGCGUAUUUUUUUCCCCUGAAACAGAAAAAUAAUCAACUUUGGUGUUAAAGUUUUCUUUCGCCUGCUGUCCCCGCUAGUUAGCUAGCUCUCUACGAGUUUUUGCUCCACUUCGGGGUUUCGACCAACUUAUUUAACUUCUUUGUUUCUUUUUUUAACCCUCUUUUUCGGAAUGAUGUACAUUGAAACCACUCAACACGUAAUUUUCCGGAAAGCAUUGCUGAUAUCAAGGUCGCAAUGAUGGAGCAGAUUUGAAAGACGAUGCCCUCUGAAAGACUUUAUGGUUUUUAGGUUCGACAGUUGAAGCUUUGGUAGAUCUGGGAAAGGCCUGAGGGUAUGUUGAGGCACCUCGUCCGGCUAGAGAAGAGGUGUCUGGGCGGUUCGGACGGGGACUGACGUCGAGGUGGACAGAGACGAGAGACAUGGGCCAGUGUGUCACCAAGUGUAAGAACCCGACGUCGUCUCUGGGCAGCAAGAGCGGAGAUAAGGACAGUGCGUCCAAGUCCCACAAGCGAGUCGACAGCGCCAGCGGCAGCGUGCACAAAGACGACUGCAGCGCCCCCUCUGGCAAAUCCACCAGCGAGCUGCUGAAUGGCACCAAGGCCUUAGAGGUUACCAUGGAGAUGCCCGUCAUCUCCGCCGCCAUGAGGGAGCCGUGCAGGGAGGACGGCGACGGGCUGUCCAUGGCGCGCAUCGACGAGCUGUUCGUGUGCUACAAGGACGAGCUGGAGGACGCCAUCUUGGAGGAGGGCAUGGAGCGGUUCUGCAACGACCUCUGCGUCGACCCAGCCGAGUUCCGGGUUCUGGUUCUGGCCUGGAAGUUUCAGGCAGCCACCAUGUGCAAGUUUACACGGAAGGAGUUUGUGGAGGGCUGUAAGGCCAUCGGGGCGGACGGCAUCGAGGGCAUCUGCUCCCGCUUCCCCUUCCUGCUGCUGGAGGCGCAGGGCGAGGAGAGCUUCAAGGACCUGUACCGCUUCACCUUCCAGUUCGGCCUGGACGCCGACGAGGGCCAGCGCUCGCUGCAGCGCGACAUCGCCAUCGCCCUGUGGCGCCUCGUCUUCACGCAGGACACGCCGCCCGUCCUGGAGCGCUGGCUCGACUUCCUGGCCGAGAACCCGUCGGGCGUGCGCGGCAUCUCCAGAGACACCUGGAACAUGUUCCUGAACUUCACGCAGGCCAUCGGGCCGGACCUGAGCAACUACAGCGAGGACGAGGCCUGGCCCAGCCUCUUCGACACCUUCGUGGAGUGGGAGCUGGAGCGCCGGAAACGAGAGAAGGAGACGGCGGCGCUGACGAGGGACGAGGAGACGGACUGCCCCGCCUCAGACGGGCUGGACGCCGAGGGAAGCCGUGGCGCACAGACGUGGGGGGGCCACUGACCUCAAAACGCCAGAUAUUUCUAUCAGAGGGAAGAAAAUGAUCUAUAAGUGAAACAGACUUCUGGGAAUUAUUCGUAUUACCAUUUCAGCUUUCGGUUUCGCUCCUGUUCGGUUCCUGCACUGCAAAAACAAAAAAUCUCACCCGUUGAUUUUGGUCGAGUUUCUACUACAAAUGUCUCAGUACGCCUGAAAUAAGAGAAAACUGGCUUAUACCUAACUUUGUAGCUCAAUAUAAUUCAUUAAUAUUAAUGAAAAUGUGCUUAUUCCAUUGGCAGAUAAUUUCACUGUUAAGAAGACAUUUUAUGAGUGAAAUAAGAGAAAUAAUCUACUACAUCUUAUCAGUUUUAAUGAAUUACUUACUGAAAACAAGCUCAUAUCCUGGUGAAAUUUUACUGAAGUCAGUUUUGUCUUUUCCUAAGUAGGGCUGAAAUGAUUAAUUGUGAUAAAUUAUUUGAUUAUUGUAAUAAUUGAUCACAAUUGACCUGAUUAAUUGAAGUUAUUUUCCUUAUUUUUUACUGAGUAUUUUUGUACAGUUUCUACCAGACAAAAAGAAAACGGCAAAUAUUUUACUACGCUUGAACUAAGACAAACUCUGUAGCUUGUUUUAAGUCAGUUGUUUCUUAAUAUUGAUGAAAAAAGUAUUACUUUCACUGACAGAUAAUUUCACUCAUAGCCAGACAUUUUGAAAUAAUCCAGUACCUUUUCAUUGACAUCAAUGAUUUUAUUUUUUACUGAAAACAAGCUCAUAUCUUUCUGAAAUUUUACUUAAAUCAGUUUUGUUUUAUUUGAAAUAUUGCUGAAAUGAUUAAUCAUGAUUAAUCGAUUAUUGUAGUAAUCGAUUAAUCAUGAUUAAUCUAAUUAAUCAGUUGAUUUGUUUUCUUUCUUACCAAAUAUUUUGUCUGGUUUUUAGUGCAGAUAUCUUGGUACACCUGAAAUGGGACAAAACUAACUUAAAAAUAACUUUUCAUGAAGAUAUGAGCUUGUUUUUAAUCAAUUAUUCAUUCAUAUAGACGGAAAAACUAGCAGAUUAUUUCACUUUUUCCCAUGUUAUGUGAAAUAAUCCAGUACAUUGUUAUCAAUGUUAAUGAGUUAUUUACUUAAAACAAGCUCCUAUAUCUUGAUAAGCUUAAGUAGCUAUUUGUGCCAGUAGAAACUAGAGCGACAUUAAUUGGUGAUAUUGUGUUUUUUUGCAGUGAGCUCCAGUUUUCUCCUCUUCAAAGGGCUCUGUUCUUUUAAGCACUUCUUCUAUUUAAGUUAUUGUUUUAUCCUCUCAUGUUUGUAGUCAGUAAACAGGCUCCAUUUGUUGCGUUGCUCAGUGAAGUUUUGGGCUGAAAUCUCCUCGCAUGUCCAGCUCCAGAUUGGCGCCGCAGUGUCUGAAGGGUUGAUCGGUUCUGGAUUUAAUUCUGGCAUUUCGACGCAGAAGCAUCACUUAGAUUUGUUUUUCUCUCCCCACUUUCUUUAAAUAUAAGUAAAUUGGCGUCAAAUAUUUGUGCAACGUUUGUGCCGUUAAUAAAUAUUAAUAAAUGAGGAGAUCAAAGGUCAA